UUCAGCUCUCGACAGAUUCGGACGGAGCGCUGCGGGCUGCGGGAGACGACGGCAGGCUUCUGGUGGAUGGGGAGAAAAUGGAGGUGAACAGAAGAGAGGUGCCUCUAUAUGGACAGGUGGAGGCCCAUGUAAGGUUGCAAACCAGCGCUCCUGAAGAUGCAGAGUUUUAUGUUGUACUACAAGGCUCUAGACUCACACAUGUGACUGCAGCAAGAAGAGGAGAUGGUGGGCUGACCCUCUGCUUCACAGUUCCUGGCCAUGCCCUUGUGGAAGCUGUCACUGUCACAUCCUACUUUUACACAGAGGGACAAGCCAAGCCCAUAGAUGGCGAAGCAUCUCUCGAAUACCUCAUGGACAUUGCCCAGGAGGCCGCGGAGUACCUUUGUGCAAACAGGGACCAGCUCGGCCCACAGAGCUACCUAGAGGUCCUGAAGAGGUUUUCCACGUGGGCGCAGGCAGCUGACGGGGAGCUCUGUGCUGAGGGUUUAGACGGCAGUGAGGAGGAUGUGCGGCUCAGACGGCGUUCAGGUGAUGAAGGCGCUCUCAGGGAGCUGGAUGAGAAGAUCACGCAGGCUAUGGCCAACAUGGAUUACCCGCUGCAGUGGAAAAACACUGACGGCCAGCCGGGGGAAGCUGCUGAGCUUCAGCCUAAAGAAACCCUCCUUCACCUUGCAGUGCGCUUGGGUUUGGUCCAUCUCUCCCGUUUCUUAAUCCACCAGCCGAGAGGUCAAAGGGCAUUGACCUUGCCCAAUCAGGAGGGAGACACACCCCUCCAGCUGGCCCAGAGGGACAGACAGCAUGCCAUGUUCAGGGUGCUGGCAACUCCUCCAGGUCCUGCAGUCGGCCCUGUUCCAGGUGUGUGGUGUGUGUGGUCCGACAGCUCCUGCAUGCUGAGGUUUUGUCCCGGGACGGACUCUCUGACCCUGACUGUGCGACAGACACCCGGCAGCUGCCCUCAGGACGGCAUCAUGGUCCUCCGAGACAGACUGGGAGACCACGGCGUCCUUCAGCGGAUCAAUGUGCUCAAAGCUGAUUGUGAGGUAGACAAGAUGGACAAAGAUGAAUUUCUUCCUAGUGCUGAAGGCGUUAGCAAGGAGCUCCGAGUGGAAGAGCACGCGCUGGUGGACAAUGUUUUUGAAGAACAGCUUGUUCUGUCUUUGGAUGAUGACGAUGAUGUAGAAGAGCACCCAUCCUCAUUAUCUGUGAAUGGGCAUCCCAUGCAGCCCAGUGGAGUCCAGGACCAGUUCACCCAGCGUGCUGCAGACCCUCUGCUCUCCAUGAUCAACAGCAGCCAUCAGGCCAUCACACAGCAGACACAGGUGCAAGAUGGCGACAUCAAAUACAGCAUCAGUGGAGUGACCGGGGGCAGCACGGGGACGGACGCCGGGUUAUGGGACACGGUGGACGAUCUCCUGCUGGCCACUGACACUCCACCUCCCUAUUCGGAAGAUUUCUACGCCCCCUCUGUUCCCUGCUCUCCCCCGCUGUCCCCUGCUGACCAGGCCCUCGCCAGGCUGAACCGUCCCCCCUUCUCUGAGCAGACCAGUCAGGGAGAAAGUCCGCCCAUGGACACCUGCGACCUCAGUCCCAGUCUCGUGGCUCUGGAAGUGGACAGUGAAGAGGACAGCGCCGAGCCAAAGUCUCCGCUGUCUCCGCUCUCGUCAGAUGUCGAGAAAAGUGAAGACAAAGCCUUUCGUCCCUGCCCUGACCUUACUUGCACUCGCAGCCAAUCGGCGUCCUUGGCAUGUGAACACGCCGCAAAGGAGUCGGGUGACCAGGGGAUCCGACUGCGUUCGUACUCCUACUCCUCGCCCAAAAUCAGUUUGCGUCCCGCUCGUUUUGCCCGGGACAACCACGCUUCAGACGUCACACCUGAGCAAAGAGCCUCCAGUAUAUCAGAGCAGACCCAUGAAAAAAGAAUUGAAGAGGAGGAGCAGGAUAAGUACAACAUCCCAACAAAAGCGGAGUCAGAGAAAUACAAAGUCAUUCGUACCCUCAGUUUUCUCAAGAGCAGGAUGUCCAGCACACGUAACAAGACCAAGGGGAAGGGGAAGGACAGAGAGGCCAAGGAUAGACAGCUGAAUGGACAUCGGUUCAACACAGGCGCCGUUUUAGGCCCCACCGUGUGUGUGGUUUGUGAGAAACCAGCAUCUGGAAAGGACCUGCUGCACUGCUCCAGUUGCACUGCUAUCGUCCAUAAGGGCUGUAAGGACUCUGUUCCCCCAUGUUUGAAGAAACUUCAGGAUAAGUAUGCAGUCGCCAUGGUGAAGAACAGGACAGCAUCCCUCCCACAAAAUUUCACUGUGAGAGACAAUCCUCCACAGUGCGUCAUCCCCAUCUCUACCUCUCUCCCCGUUAUGACCCCCAAGGAGAGGAAAGACGCUGCGACCCAGCCAUGCGGCCUCUCUGGGAGUUUCCCAAACAGUGACAGUCGACUCAGUGAGAGUUCAGAGACGGAGUCUGAUGCCUCGAAGGUGACCAGCCAAUCAGAAGAGCUCCUGCCGACUCCACUGUCCUCCACCUCCACUGACUCAUCUGUCGGAGAAGACUACGUGGAUGCACAUAUCCACAGCGACAUGUCGCUUGAUGCUGCGGAUUAUGAGGCCGAGUCAUGGAGUCUGACAGUAGAGCACAAGUUCUGCAAGAAGCAGGACAAACGAGCUGUCAAGAGGCAGGAUGUUAUCUACGAGCUGAUGCAGACCGAGCUUCACCACCUUCAGACGCUACACAUCAUGGCCGAGGUUUUCCGGCGGGGUAUGAAGGAGGAAGUGCAGCUGGACACGGAAGCGGUGGAGCGGGUCUUCCCCUGUCUGGACCAGCUGCUUCUCUUCCACCACGCCUUCUUUGCCGCCAUGAAGGAGCGGCGACACAGCUCAGCCAGGCCGCAGGGACACAAGAACUACCUCAUCCAGCGAAUAGGAGACGUCUUGCUCCAACAGUUUUCAGAUGAGAAUAGAGAAAAAAUGAAGCAGGUGUAUGGAGAAUUCUGCAGUCGUCACAACGAAGCAGUCAGCUUUUUCAAAGAGCUCCAGCACCAUAACAAGAGAUUUCAGAGCUUCAUCAAGCAACAAGGCAACAAUUCUUUGGUGAAACGGAGGGAAAUCCCAGAGUGCAUCUUGCUGGUAACCCAAAGGAUUACAAAGUACCCGGUGCUGCUGGAGAGGAUCCUCCAAUAUACUCAAGAGGACACAGACGAGCACGCCGACCUCUCCAAAGCACUGGCGCAGAUCCGGGAGGUGAUCGCAGCCGUGGACCUCAGCGUCAGUGAAUAUGAGCGGCAUCAGAGGUUACAGGAAGUGUGGCACCGCAUAGAGAACCGCAGCGCAGCCAAGCUAAAGAACGGCCACACCUUCCGCAAGCACGACAUGAUGGGGCCGGGACAGACGCUCAAACACCAGGGCCUGCUCCUGUGGAAGACUGCCACGGGCCGGCUUAAAGACGUUCUGGCGCUGCUUCUCACCGAUACGCUCAUCUUCCUGCAAGAAAAAGACCAGAAGUAUACAUUUGCCACUGUGGAUCAGAAGCCUCCAGUCAUCGCCCUGCAGAAGUUAAUAGUGCGAGAAGUAGCCAACGAGGAGAGAGGGAUGUUUUUAAUCAGCGCAUCAGCCGCCGGGCCAGAAAUGUACGAGGUGCACACAUCAUCCAAAGAGGAACGAAACACCUGGAUGAGGCUCAUUAGAGAGGCUGUAGAGAGCUGCCCAGAGGAAGAAGAGGAAUACACAAGUGAGUCUGAAGAGGAGAAACGAGCUGCUGAGGCUCGUAUUCAGAAGAUCCAUAAGUUCCAAGAGAGCCUGGCGAGCCGGGACCAGCAGAUCUGCUCCAGCCUGGAGGAGAAGCUGCAGGUCUACGCAGAGCUCUCUGCUCUGAGUGGGAGGACGGACGCUUUGCUGGUCGAACCGCGACUGCUCGCCCAGCCGCACUCGGAGGAGCUGCCCCAGGCUGCCGUGUUGCUGGAUGCAGCUCUGCAAGAGGCUGAGAACCUGAAAGCCACUCUGUCAUCCAAGGCCUGUUCUCCAUCGAGUCACAGCUCGGACUCAGACACAGACUCUGUGUUUCCUGUCAGUCCCGCCCCACCUGUACAGGCCCCCUCAGACUCUGAGGCCUCACCUGAAAACCCCAAGGCCAGUGAGGGGAGCUGGAGUGGUGCCUUCAUCCUCGAUUCCCCAGCUCCUUUGCAAAACAGAGACAUGAAUGACAUCGACAUCAAGGUUGCUCAAAGUGUCCAAAGCCUGACCCAGUUACUCUACAGUCUGCAGGCUACAGUGACCAUCCAGGACAGCUGCUGUGAGGUCCAGAGGCUCCUCCUCCAAGAGAGCGGACGCCCCUCCCCCCGCGCCCAGCGACUGCACCUUCCAAGCAUCCGGGGCAACACCCUACAAGAACAGGAGAAGCAGCGCAACCUGGAGAAACAGAAGGAGGAGGUGGCGGCGGCUCAGCGGCUCCAGGGCCGGCUCCGCCAAGAGAAGGAGCGCUGGGAGAGGGAGUGCCAGGCCAGGGAGAGGCAGCAGGGGGAGCAGGAGAGCAGGUUGGAGGAGAGGGAGAGGCAGUGCCACCUGGAGGCGGAGAGGCUGAGGCGCGAGAGGGAAGAGUUGAACGAGCAACUGGUGGAGUACCAGCAGAGCCUGGAGCGGCUCAGGGAGGGCCAGAGGAACGUGGAGAGGGAGCGCGAGCGGCUGGAGACCCAGCAGAAGCUGCUCCAGACAUGGCGGCACGGCCGGCAGAGGAGUCUGCCUACUGUGAUUCCUCACAUGGUCAUCCCUCUAGAUGGGCAGCAGGACUCGGCACCAAGUCAGUCCAGAGACCACACGGGAAACGGCUCCGUGUUCGUGAACGAGGCUGCGUUCGCCGGCACCAGCGUCAACAACCGUCACGUCCACCACAAAAGAAACGACCCCAGCACGCACAAUUGUCUCAACACCCUGCUGGCAAGAUCCAACAGCAGACAGACCCCCAUAGCUAAGACUCCCCACAGUCCUCACUCAGACUCCCAGGAUUGGGUGAUGGGGACAGGAUACCUCUACAGCUCUGCAGGGAGGCUGGGGCUGCAGCACAUGCCCACUGAUCAUAACAGUCACAGCUACAUCGGGGAGACCUGGUCGUCGACAGCAAGUGGAGCUGACCCGUAUCCGGUGCUCCCACAUCCCGAUGACCCUCAGCUGGACAUGGGUGCAUUGGUUUCCGUGGAGACUGACAGCGGUGGCGAGGAGGGCAGCGAGGAAACCAUUGUGUACCUCUGAAUGUUGAUAAAUUUCAGACCUAAUGGCCAACCCAGCACUUGGAAAAAGAUAAAGACUUUCAUGAAGCAUCAGGAUUGGAUCCAGUGUUGCUUCAGAGAGCAUUUUUCAUUAAGUCUUUUGCCAUGCUUUUUUAUAUAUAUAUAUAUAUAUAUAUAUAUAUAUAUAUAUAUAUUUGAAAGAUUGUUUUUGUAAAGUUACUGGAAAGACAGAGAAAAGAAUAUAUGAAAAAACUGAGGUUGUUUCAGACUGAAUCUCACAUUUGUCAUGCACCUUAGCUGGAGGCACCACUGGGUGUUCAGUGUCUCUUUAUUUUCUGGACGUUUUUUUGUGUGUGUGCGUGGUCUCUAUUGACUGGGUCCCAGCGACACCCUUCCCCUUUUCCCCGAAUCUUCCUCUUACCGUCCCUCCCUUCCUUUCUCAAGUCCUGCAUACUGUAUCUCGUCCCUCGAGCGCUCUAUUUAUUAAAUUUACCUCAAAAGGAGAAAAAGCAUCUACCCAAUAUCAGCAAAACAUCAGGCUGCAUCUCUCUAGUGGGCGAUUGUGUUGGAGCAAACUGCCCCUCUUUCAUUUAUCAGACAGGCUCUGUUUAUGUACAAGCCGAGCAUAACGUGAAGCACAAAACAUUAGGAUUGAAAGAUGAGGUGCGACAGCAUCAGUCCCACGUUUUUCAGACUCCCCGCCUGUAGCCAUCUUUUCUUUUUUUAUCUGAAGCACGUUUUUCUUGUUAAGAGAAAUAAGCAAAGAUGUGGUUUGGAGAGAGAUGUUGCAGCUGUCCUAAUAUGUCAAUUUUAUCAGAGCGUUGAAGAAAGCGCUCUUGGGAAAAAAAGUGAAAGGAAGCCGUAGCGCAGGAAAACACGUUAGGUCAAACCGUUUUAAGCCCCAAUAUAAUUAUUUUAUAUAACUAUUUUCAUCAUUCAUAUACAUUUUGGUCUUGUUUUUUCUUUCAUCAUUUUUAGCCACACUAGAGCAUGCAACAUCAUUGCAAUGUCAGUCAGUUGGUCCAUCAGUUGGAUUGAUUUGUCAUGGGAUUUGGUCGAGACUAUCAUGCCCCACUCAGGGUGAAUUGUAAGAAACUUUGGUGAUCCCCCUGACUGGCGCCUGCUUUGGUUUAUGACCAAAUACCUAAAAAACAAAUGACAUUCCCAUCAAGCUCAGCUGUACUUUGAGCUUAGUGCUAAUAAGCAAUGGUUAGCAUGGUAACAUUGUAACACUCUAACGCGACAUGGUAAACAUUAUGCACUGUUACUGUGAGCAUGUUAGCAUGCUGACAUUAGCAUUUCGCUCAAAGCACCACCUCACAUAGCCCCUACAAGGACUCCUAUUCUAUUGUUUUCAUCAUUUUCUGUCCUCACUUAUAAAAAUCCCAUCUUUACUUCAAACAAACUGUAAAGAGUGGAAGACAAUGUCCCUGAAUUAUCUUCACCAGUACCCAGAACAAUAUGAAUCUGCCUUGUCAAUAAUGCUUAAGGCUAAACUAUUACACUUGAAUAUUCAUGUGGUCUAUUUACAUAUUAUCUCCCAUGGGCAUUUGUAUGUGUAAAGAGGUCCCUGUGCCAACACAUUGGGUGUCUCGAUGUUUUUUUUACAGACCCUAUAAAAAAACAAAUUGGCUUAAUUACUGUUGUAGUUUGUUAAUGGGCCAAUGAGGCAGUGUCAGUAUUUUAAUUUGAUUUUAGUACCAUGUAUAUAUGUUUGUGCCUUUAUUUAUUACAGUACGAAGAGUUUUAAGGUUUUUGUGAAGGGUUGAAUUGUACAUAGAAGUGUAUCUGUUUGAACAGAAGAACAGGUGUGUUUUCUUUCAUUUGUGUUUUGUGCUUGAUAAAAUCACUUUUACUGAA